AUGUAUUCUUUCAAGUUGACAGCGCUUGUCUUUGCGUACCUCUCACCUCACUUUGGUAGCGCGGACUCAGUACCGUUACCAGAUGUGUACCUGCGGAACCCGCCGUUGAUCAAUCGGGCCGCUGAUCCUCUAUCGACAGCUUGUGGAGAAAUCCUAUCCUAUGUCGACGCCGAGUACUAUGUUUUUCCAGCCUCUCUAGCAUACGAAUGCCUGAUAUAUGUUCCUUUCCAUCCAGAGGUUGCACUGCGGUUCAUCCAAUACUACAAUGAGACUCUCCAGUUUCAAGGAACGCUGCCAUAUCUCGCGAAUCCUCCUCAGGGCUAUCAACAACCGGCUGUUGAUUUGCUUGCGGAAUUAGACCGGCUGAAGCAGGCAACUACGUCUGGUGUCUUUCAAAAUCAGUACGACUUUGAAGCCGCAACCAUCAAGAUUGUCAACGCAAUUCACGACUCUCAUGUGGAGUUGAACCAAGGUAUUUUGGCUGCCUUCUCGUUUGCGAGUCCCUAUGAGAUUUCCUCUGUAUCCAGGGACGGCUUGGAAGCUCCGCAAAUCUACUUCACAGAUGAUUUGGUUCAGCGUCAGCAAGGCUUUGAGAUCAGUCCCAUCACGAAAAUAAAUGGAGAAGAGGCGAUACCCUUCCUCACCCGCUUUGCAAGUGAGAACUCACAAGGCAACGUGGAGCCUCAUGCCGACUGGAACCAGCUCAUGACCGUCCCUUCGGACAAGCCAGUAGAUGUGUACAGCGCUUUUGCUGGCAGCGCAAUAUUGUACCCGGGCGACAAUCUCACAUUCACAUGCGAAAACGGAACCUCCUUCGAAACAGUCUGGGUCGCGUUCUACAAUGACGUACCCAACGCAACAGGCCCUCUGGCUACUCCUGGAGACUUCUACAACUAUUUCGUCCUAGGUCUUCUCCCAUCAUCCUGCUCCGAUGAUGGUACAUGUCCUGCGAACCCACCACCGCCCGGUGUUGAGAAUGCAGAGGGGAUGAAACGACAGUCUCCUCGACAAGACCAACAAGGCAGCGCAGAACCUGCCCUUACUAGCUGGUAUGAAGUCUCGCAACACGCGUAUCCCAGUAAUCCCGAUAUUGUCCAGGCGAAUCUUGCUGUCGGAAACGGUGGCGUGGUCACUGGAUAUCUCCUCCGGGACAUCUCGACAGCUGUUCUAAGCAUACCCAGCUUUUAUCAGACCGGAGACCAGGUGAUUGAGUUUGACGAAGCUGUCCACAGCUUCACGGCCCUGGCCAAAGAGGCUGGCAUGUCAAAGUUUCUCAUAGACCUACAGAGUAAUGAGGGGGGGACUCCUUUGCUUACACGUCAACUAUAUCGAUACUUCUUUCCGGGUCCGCCUCCAUUUGCCGGUUCCAACCGCCGAGUAGAAGAUAUCGCUAAUGUUCUUGGGAACGAAUAUACCAAUUACUGGGAUAGUUUGCCGUUGGAAGAUGGUGACAAAUAUGACUUUGCAGGAAAUGAAUGGGUCAUUACGAACAGGAUUAAUCCUGAUACCGGGAGGAAUUUCACCUCAUGGCAAGAGUACAAUGGUCCGAUCAUCCACAACUCCACCUGGAAGUUUUCGAGAACAGAGCAAUACAACUGGACCAAUGAAGAGUUCACCGGCUCCGCAUUCGGCGACCUCCAUCUUCCCCCCGACGGCCCACCCGAGCCCCCACCAUGGAGCCCAGAAGACAUUGUGCUCCUCACCGACAGCACCUGCGCUUCAGCAUGUGUUCUAUUCGUGGAGAUGAUGACCCGGAAAGGCAUCCGCACAGUCGUCGCCGGCGGCCACCCUUCCGGUCCAGCUCCAAUGCAAUACGCCAGCGGCUCCCGAGGCGCCGCCGCAUACACGGCCGAGGACAUCGACAACGACUUUGCAUGGGUCAACAGUAAUGGCAACGCAACCGCUGCAUCGCUGCUACCACGUCCACACGAGACCGGCAUCUUCACGACCUUCGCCGGAAUCACUCUCCGCAAUCAAGUCCGAAGCAACGAAACGUUGCCGCUGCAGUUCAAGUACUCGGCUGCAAAUUGCCGCAUAUACUACACGCUGCAAAACGCAUGGAACAUGAGCCAGCUGUGGCGCGAUGCUGCUGCAGCUACUUGGUUUGACACCUCUCUCUGCGUCUCUGGCUCGGCCGGAUACGCAGAGCCUCCUCCCGACUCCUCGGAUAACGAUACAGCGCUGCCGCCUCCGUCAUCGCCCGCACCACUUGGCCCGAUGAUCCAGCUUUCAGACCACCAGAUGGACUGGAAUGAUGACGGCUGGAACAUCAGCGACAUUUUCGCUGGGGAUCGGUUGCGCGAUGUCAAAUCCCUCUUCUCCUGUGCCGGCGGCUGCAGCACCGGCUGCCAAGUGCGCACCGUGCAGUGCGCCGGGUCGCCUGGGUCCCCGCCCGUUAGCAGAAACAUCGAAUUCUGUGGCAAAGCCUGCCGGCUCGAGAAGGGCAAACAAUUGAGCUGCGCGGCUGUCGACACGACAUGCCGGACGGGUGUUGGGGGCAAACUGGAGCAGAAGGGUACUGCGCCGGGCCUUGUGGGUAUGGCGGGGAAGCAGCAGCUGACGAAGGGGCGCUGCUGUGCGGAUAAUCCGCAGGCGUUGGGAGAGUUGCGGUUGUUGGGGAGUUGUGAGUUGGUUGGAUAG